CUUCGUUAGCCCCUCCUUCGCCAACAUCUUGCACUUGUCAAGGAAAAAACUCGCAUUCGCACACUUACAAACAUACAGCAGCACUCGAAGCAGCCAGCAGCAAUAGGACAUCACACCACUGCAUUGCGCGCAAGCAGUUCUUUACACUACUGAGCACACGACUGUACCACAGCGCAGCAACAAAAAAAAAGCCUUCCAGAACCAAGCUAUGACGGCUUUCUCGAACAGAGGCGGGCGUGGCUGGGGCCGCGGCGGUCAUGGUGGAGAUGGAGACAGCGGCGGCGCGGGCAAGGGCCAAGGAGCGGGUAGAGGGCAUCUUGACCAAGGUGAUGCUGGCCGUGGUCGUGGCCGCGGUCGCGGUCGCGGACAGAUUACAGACGCGCAAAGGGCCGAGAUUGUAUUGGCGAGACGGCCCACAACCAUCCAGGUUACAGGGGACGGUACUGACGAUGUGAUCGUAGCGGCAGCUGCAGACCAGCAGCUACAGCACUUGGCUAGCUUCUACUUGAGAAAGGCGGAUUUCACGGGCUUUCGGGGCCAAAAGCAGAUCCGCAGCUUCGUUAACUCCUGUCUGAUCAACCUUUCGAACCAUCACACCAUCGACACUUCGGGCUGUGUGACGGGCUUGGCAUCAACGUCUGGUCGCGCUCGCCUUUCAGAGAUUAUGGAGAUGCCGAUGGACAUCGACGCCGGCGACAGCAACAAUGCUCUCUCGUUCCAGUUCGCGAUCUUGCCGUUAGUCGGGGUCCUCACACGUGAGUCUGUAUGCCAGUCUACCAUGACCAGCGAGACAGGGCUGAUUUAUGCGAACGUCUACCUCCAUCGGGAUCCAUUCUUGAGUCGGAUCCUUGAUUGUAUGGACCAACUCCUGGAUCGAGGUUCGCUAGAAGAUACCAGUGUCAUGGGAGCACGGUUGGCUAUGGAUCGAUCCAUCUGCCAAGUGACAUCCCUGCAACGCGCGUUGCUUGCCAUCACUCGACUGAUAUAUCAGCUGAUAAAGCGCAUCAAGGACGCCAGGUACGAGAUGGUCGACAUGAUCAGACUGCUGCAAGAGCAGCGGAGCAAGUGCCGUAAAGCCUCAAGGGACACCCGAGAGAACGAUUUUAUCCAGAGCAUCCUGGACGCAGACAUUUCGAGGCUCCAGAGAAUCGUUGCUGAUACGCAGGGGACUAUCAUCCAUGAGGGCGGUCUCUUUGGCCCGAGCUCGUCAUCUCGAUCCAUCGGAGAUCAUGCACCCAACCUGGUUCAUCUGAAAAUGGCCUACAAUCCCCCAGGUCAGCUGUCCCCGGACGGCCCCAGGCACGACAAUGACCACGAGCUCGUCAAGGAUAUCAAGGUCCAUCCAACGCAGAGGGAGAUUACAUGCUCCCGUCUGCCAUUCCUGCCGUCGAACUGUGUGCCCGAAGCACCCCAUUUUCUGCCACAUGGCUGGAGACGCCAAUUGGACAUCCAUUUCCGGCUAUUGAGAGAAGAUAUGCUGAGUUCCCUCAAGAAGGGGGUAGUUUCAUUUUUGACUGCCCUGGAGAAGACCGACAGAUGGAACGACGAGGACUUGUUGCGGCAGAGAGGACUCCGGAAGCUGCUCGAUAAUAGCGUCAGUCUGAACGUUUACGGAGAUGUGCAGUUCCACGGCAUGGACUGCAAGAAGAAACUGGGAGGCUCCAUCGAAAUUUCAUUCACCCAGCCUGCUCAGAUCCUGGGCGCCGGGCAGCGACGUCGAGCCGAGUUCUGGGAGAAGUCGCGCAGACGUCUGAUGCAUGGUGCGCUUGUGUGUAUUGUUAGUCGCCCAACAAGCACCGAGACAGAGCCUGGAUAUGAUGGCCCUGCAUUCCAGAUGGUCCUCGGAGUGAUCACGAGUCGCGACAUUGGAGCUCUGUCCAAGGACGAGGAUGCUGCACGCAUCCAGAUUUCUUUAACCGACCCCAAGACGUACUUGCAGAUACUGAACUCGAUGGCCUUGCCCGAAGAUGGAAACCGUGAGCAGUGGUUCCUGGUCGAAACCAACGGCGGGUUCUUUGAGGCUUACCGACCGGUGUUGCAAGCGCUUCAGAACUGUGAGCCUGCGACCCUUCCUUUCGGGAAGUAUAUCGCUCCGACCGAACACGAAUAUAACACCAGAUUGGACGCUGGCGGCAAGGUCGACCCACCGCUGUAUGCGCGUGCUCCGGGAUUCACCUUUGAUCUGUCCGUCCUCGUCAAGGAUCAGGAACUCCGUUUGGAUGCAGGCGAUCCACAGUCGGUCGAAAAUGCUGUGCACAUGCUCCAGCGGGAAAGUACUCUCGAUGACACGCAAGCAUCCGCCUUGGUCGAAACUCUUUGCCGAGAAGUUGCGCUGAUCAGCGGGCCGCCCGGGACUGGCAAGACCAAGAUCGGAGUGGAUCUAAUGCGAGUCCUAUUGCACAACAAGCAAGCGAUGAACUGUGGACCUAUCCUCUGUAUCUGCUACACGAAUCAUGCACUGGAUCAGUUCCUGGAGCACCUACUGGACGAAGAUAUUACCCAAAUUGUCCGCAUUGGCUCCCGGUCCAAAUCUGAGAGGCUCGAACAGUACAAUCUGGAAAGCCUCAUGAAAGCCCAUGAUAAACCCUACAGCGUUCGCCAGGCGCUUUGGAUGGCUAAAGAAGAGUGCGAAAAGCUGGCAGAUAAUAUUACAAAGGUGGAGAAUGCACUCCGCUGUCCUCAUCUUGUCUGGGAGUACUUGUCGCCCUUUUUAAUGGCCAAGAAUUUCGACCAAUGGGAGCAGCUCGCUAGCGGCACUCCACACGACGAUUACAAAUCUGACGCAGCAUCCGAUAGCGAUAGCGAUCGCGAUGUCUAUAGCUAUGAGGAUUACUACGCUCCUGACGAAUCUGAUCCAGAGGCUGAGGACCAAGAUUUCGCCACGCCACUCGACAAUGAUCCUUUGUCUGAGAAGGGAGGCUAUACGAGGGUCGAAAGAAAGAAAAAUAAGCAGCCAGCACAUCCAUACGUUCAAUGGGCGAUGUGUGCAGAUAUUCAGAGCAAAAUCCGAUGGAACCAGAGUGUCAUUGAGCAGGAAGAGUUGAAACAGGAUGGCGCCAAUCAUAACUACUUCGGCCUCCUGGCAGAUGGUAUGCCAACUUUGAAGCCAACCCUCCUGCAGAUCCCCGAUAGAGAUCGACCCUUGGCACUUUUGACCGGCAAUGUCUGGAGGAUGUCCAUGAGAGAGCGAGGACGUUUGAUCGAGUCGUGGAAACCGGAGGUGCAGGCUUUCAUGAUGGACGAGCUGGAGGGACUCCUGGAGAAGGUCCAGAAGAUUAUGAGCGCCAAGAACAACGCGUUCGACGAUAUCCGCCGCACCAUUAUACGGGGGUCGUCUGUUGUUGGCAUGACAACCAGUGGUGCCGCGAAAAUGCAGGCCUUGAUCGAAGCAGUCGCUCCGAACAUCAUAAUCUGCGAGGAAGCUGGUGAGGUCCUCGAGUCCCACAUACUGGCCGCGCUUUCAGCUUCCACCCAGCAUUUGAUCCUAAUCGGAGACCACCUGCAACUCCGUCCCCAGAUCGAGACAUAUACCCUGUCAUCAGAUUCCACCGUUGGUCAGAACUACAACCUCGACAAAUCACUGUUUGAGCGACUGGUCACUGACAAGAAGAGCCCUCUACCACUAUCGCACCUGACUAUUCAGCGACGCAUGCGGCCCGAGAUCUCGAGCUUAAUCAGGAAUACGCUUUAUCCCGACCUAGUUGAUGAAAAGCGAGUCCUCGAGUAUCCCAAUGUGAGUGGCAUGGGUGCCAACCUGUACUUCAUGGACCAUGCACACGCCGAGGACAGCAAGGAUCAGUACGGCAUGCAGUCGUUCGCCAACUCUUUCGAGGUCAGGAUGGUUGGGGCACUGGCACAGUACCUGAUCAAGAAUGGAUAUGACAAGCCUGGGGACAUUGCAGUCCUGACACCGUAUCUCGGCCAACUUUCGAAGCUCCGGGACCAUCUGCGGAAAAGCUUUAUUCUCGUUAUCGACGAGCGAGACCAGGAACAGUUGAAUCAAAGGGACCAAGAUAUGGAACAGGGCGAGACCCCCGAUAAAGAGGCUAACGAACAUAUCGGCGUAAGGAACAUCUCUCUUCAGAACCACCUUACUCUGCGGACUAUCGACAACUACCAGGGCGAGGAGGCCAAGAUUGUCAUUAUCUCCCUUGUUCGCAGUAAUGUCAAGCGGGAUGGAGCCAUGGCAGCAUCGAGUUCCAUCGGAUUCCUCAAGUCUCCCAAUCGCACCAAUGUUCUCCUGUCUCGAGCACAACAUGGCAUGUACUUGAUUGGGAACGCAGAACACAUGAGGCAGACCAAGGAUAAUCAGUCACUGUGGCCAGAAAUUAUUGAAGAGUUAGAAGAUGGAGAACGCUUGGGCGAUGGCUUCCCUAUUAUCUGCAGGAACCAUCCUGACAUCAAGAACGUCGCAGACAGCCCUGAGAUCCUUCAGACUGUGGCCCCGAACGGAGGAUGCACGGCGAAGUGCGGGGCAAACAUGCCCUGCGGCCAUGUCUGCCCCCUCAGCUGCCAUCCUGAUGACAAAGACCAUCUUCUGGUCAAGUGUUUCCAGCCGUGUCCACGCCUCCACGCGGACUGCGAACAUGUAUGUCCAAAAUUCUGCGGCGAGAAGUGCGGAAGCUGCAUGGAGAUUGUGGCGGACAUUAUGCUUCCAUGUGGCCAUGUCCUUCAGCAGGCCAGAUGCUACCAGGCCAAGGAUCCUUUGAAGAUCAUCUGCAAGGUCAAGGUCACUCAAAACCUGCCAAACUGUGAGCACGAGCACGAGAUGAACUGCUGGGAGGAUCCGAACAAGAUCGUUUGCCGCAAGUCCUGUGGUGCAAUACUCGCCUGUGGGCAUGAAUGUACUCGUCCGUGCUCCGAUUGCCAAAAGGCAUCACCCGGUUGGGUACGAGAGGAAGAUGCACCAGUCGCGCGGAUCGACCGUACCGUCCAUGGUAGCUGUCAGAAGGAGUGUGGAAGAAUUCAGUUCUGCGGCCACGCUUGCACGUCUAAAUGCCAUGGCAAAUCCCCCUGCCGCCCCUGCCAGCAGAAAUGUGAGAUCUUUUGCGCUCAUUCUCGAUGUAAGCAGAAGUGUAACGUGCCAUGCGCUGCAUGCUGUCACCGCUGUGUGUGGGAGUGCAAGCAUCAGGGUCAAUGCGACAUGCCUUGUGGAGCACCUUGCGACCGACUUCCGUGCAACAAACGGUGCGACAAGGAACUCAAGUGUGGCCAUCAAUGUCCUUCUAUUUGCGGUGAGAAAUGUCCUUCGGAAAAGUUCUGUGUCGAGUGCAAGGACCCUUCAACCAUGGGUCAGAUUGUCGACCUGAUCAUGCAGCAAUCGCUCGCUGAGGUCGAUAUCGAUGACGACCCGAUCCUCGUUCUUGCGUGUGGACAUGCCCUGACAAUGACCACACUGGAUGGAAUGAUGGGAAUGUCCGAGUACUACGUUGCAGAGACGGACAAGAAGACAGGCGAUGUUCAAUAUGUCGGCAAGAAGGAUCUGACGAACGAUGAAGUGCCCCAAGUGUCGUGUCCCAACUGUCGCAAGCCCAUCAUUGGAAUCUUGAGAUAUGGCCGCAGGGUCAAAUGCUCACAACUGCGACUACGCUCACACAAGCACGAGAUUGCCCAAGCACGAACCAUGGUCAAUGCGCAGAAGGCAUUUAAUAUGGCACAAGUCUUGGUCGGACAAAGGAAAAGUGCGUUCCUUGCCUCCCUUACUCAGGCUGAAGACUGCCCAGAGUCGCCGAAUCCCAUAUUGAGAAUCCUUGGGAGUUACGAUGACAAGAACAUCCAGCUGCCGAACAGUGAUUUCAGGUCGAUUGCAAAGAUUUAUAGCAUUCCUAAGGCGCAUGCCGACGCAUGGAGCAAGCUGGUUGCACCAGCUGCGGGAUCUCUUCAAUAUUUCGGAGACAUCAUCAAGCGGGCUUGCGAUUCACCUUCGAAGCUGCUCUUUGACGCAGCAGUGUCUCACCUCUACAGGAUCAAAACUGCUCCAACUUACGACCUAUCGAAGGACCUUGUCACCCGUCCAUUUUUGCGAAAGGAUGCGGUAACUGCCUCUGAUAUCAUCCAAGUAUGCGUCAUCGAGUGCGGCCUUCCGAGAGAUGGCUUUAGCGGCGAUGGAUAUGUCAACGCGUUGCACGAGCGGAACAGCGUUUUGAUUUUGGUCCUUGCGCUGGCGUUUGCGGCUAUGAACAAGAUCGGCGCCUCCUCCGGGUGGUAUUGGUUCGUCGAGGACUUGCUGAAGUGUGCUCGAGUUCACAUCGAAAAACUGAAGGCAGCCACGUUGAAUGGGCGCUAUGAUCGAAAGGCGGCGUAUGCACGCAUUAUCCACAUGGAGGUGAUCUAUAGAGAGACCCAAUGGUUGGGUCUGAGGACGUUCCCGAGGGAGGAGGAGGCGAUGAGGGAGCGUCUGAAUAAGGUCGACGGUCUUGUGGAAAAGUUCAUGGCUGAGCACAAGGCAAUCAAGGAUCAUUGUCCGCUCGGUAUCAAGGACGAGUGUGUGGCUAGGGCAGCAGAGCUGGAGGCGAACGUUGUGGCGGCUGUCAAGAUUGCCCGCGGUGAGAGUCCCUAUUCACCCGUGACAAAGGAGGAGAAGUUGCAGCUGUUCAAGGCGAUGAGUAGGGAGCUGGGCGGAGCUGGACACUGGUACCGCUGCCGAAAUGGCCACACGUACGUCAUUGGAGAGUGCGGCGGUGCCAUGCAGGAGGCGAUCUGCCCCGAGUGCGGAACCCCAGUAGGAGGAACCGGACAUCGACUUCUGGGCGACAACACGCGCGACGAGGAAUUCGAGGCGAUGUACGGCACUGCCCUCGGCCACUAGUGACUUCAGUUACGAAAUUUCAUAGUGAGGAUCUCUGUUCGUGAAUGGCGGGCGCCACAUCAUCUGUACAAGGAAUAUCAGAUAAUUAAAAAAAGGGUUUUCAUCUCCUUCGCAUUAUUGGGCGACUGAUUUAGUCAAUACCGCUCUAGAGCGCUGGAGAAAGUGAUUUUUUUUUUUUGCUGGAGAAAAUGCUUAUUGAUUUGCAUGGGCUGA